CUGGGGCUGCAGUUCUUCAGUCUUGCUCGAAUUGUAAUGUAAAUUGUAAAGAAAAAAUAGGCAAACAGUCGUUUGGUCAGAGAAAAAUAACACAAACAAAUAGUAGAAGAGUUAUAAUUUCAUAUCUUAAGAUGCAACAGUUUAAAAAAAGCACCCGAAACGCUUCGAAGAUCAGAACAAAGACUUGAAAGGGGCUCCCUGUCUACGAUUGAACUUUUAAUGCACUUUUAUUUAUUUUGGAAAAAUAGUAAUUCCUACCUUUCUUGCCUUCGGCGAAUGGGUUGAUGAAAAAGUUAAUCGGAUCUUUGAGAUUGGUGGGUUAAGACAUCGGUGUCCCAGGCUGUCGCUCCUUCGUUGUGAGGCUGGUGCUACCCCCUCCCUCCUUCCCUGCCCCGGUGCCACAACAGCGUGUGGAGACCUGCCACACAGCUUGCCCGCACACCACGGCCUUCACCUGUGUGUUCCAGUGUUUCCCGUGCGAGCCCGCCUGCCUCGGCGCCUCGUGGAGCAGCCCGGAGUUUGCGCUGCGUCCGGUGGUCCCCAUGGUGAAGAUGACGAGAUCCAAGACCUUCCAGGCCUACCUCCCCACCUGCCACAGGACGUACAGCUGCAUCCACUGCCGGGCGCACCUCGCCAACCACGACGAGCUCAUCUCCAAGUCUUUUCAAGGGAGCCAAGGCCGAGCUUACCUGUUCAACUCAGUAGUUAAUGUGGGCUGUGGACCAGCUGAGGAGCGAGUUUUACUCACAGGCCUGCAUGCGGUGGCGGAUAUAUACUGUGAAAACUGUAAAACCACGCUGGGCUGGAAAUAUGAACACGCCUUUGAGAGCAGCCAGAAGUACAAGGAAGGGAAGUAUAUCAUAGAGCUUGCUCACAUGAUAAAGGACAAUGGCUGGGAGUGACUGAAGGAGGUGCUGGGACUGACCGCGGAGUUGUCGACCCUGGAGCCAGAGAAGUAAUGGAAGGCUUUGGUUAUAAGUGGAUUGGGGUUGGGGGGGAAGCUCGGCUGCUCAAAUCCACCUGCCAGAUGCCUGCCUCUGCGUUUCUCUCCCAUCACUAUUAUCCCUCCGCAUCCCAGGUCCUUUCUGCUUCUCCUCUGGCCAAAUGUCCCUGGCCUCUCUCCAUUACAGUGUCGGCUGAGCGAUCACAUCGAAGCUUGAGAGGCUGUUCCGCUUCCCAUUCCGUUUUUCCAAUGUGCAUUGAGAGCAGUUCUGCUGACGUCUGUCCAAGCACAGGCCUCAUUUGGGAUUAGUGUGGGGGGGAAGGAGCUUGAGGGGUGGGUUGAAUGUGGAGCUUGUGGCCAACUCCUUGGGCCUUGAAGCCUUGACAGGACAAGGAUAUUCAGUUUGUUCAUGUUCUCCCAUGCUGGUCACUUAUUGGAAGUGUUCAACUCCUGCAAACACUGGGAGGUGCCCACCCUUAAGAAAAAAUAAAUUUGGUCCUAAUGCCUUGAGACAAAGUGUACCCCACCACUCCUCUUCACUUUAGUCUUGCAUUUGAUUGGUGCACUGACUGGAACAGGAAGACAAUGAAGGGCAGAAUGGUCUCAUCUCUUUUCUUCUCCUCCCCACCCCCACCACAAAAGGAUGAAUGUUUUUGGACCAAUGAGAGGGAACCCUAGUCACUCAACAAAAAAUCCCUUCGAAGAGUGCCACUGUGGUGCCACAGACAUAUUGGGAUGAACAUUGCCAAGAGAAAGCAUAGUGUCCUAAGGGAAUUAUGAUGGGUUCAGGCCAGUCUCUGCCCUGUAAAGCCACUCAAUCAUUAUCUCUCAUUUUCCUUGUUUUCCCCUCUCCACGUACAGCCUUCCAGACUUGACCCUGUGUCAUUCUUUUGAGGUGUUGUCUCUGGCUGAAGGUUUGCCCUCUCGUGGCUUUUAGCUCGGCCUUCUGGCUGCCUUUGCCAGUGCUUCAGUUUGUGAAGAGGGAGCACCUCGGCCACCCUGUGUGCCUCAGCUGUAGGUCAGGGCAAUGACACUGAAAUCAAAAGAGAAUAAAGCUUCCUACCAAGGUGUUGUGCAGGAGUGGGAAGGAGUGUAACCCCAAAUAUUAAACGACGUCCCUGACAAAACAUUAAACUCUGAAGGUGUCAAACAUUGGAGGGAGUGAAUUACUUGCCUGGGGAGAGUUGGGUGGCCAAUUUGGCUCCUCCUAUUGGUCUUGGCAAGGCUGCUAGUUGAGUAAUUGUCACAAAUUCAUGGGAGGGCCUGUGUUAGGACUGAAGUCCCAACAACAAUAACACCACACACCUCUUGGUCCCCUACAGUUUUCCCACUCCCACCUCUUUUUCUUUCCACCCCCGCCCCCCCCCCCCCCCAUUUGCUUGGGUUACUUUAAUCCUGUCCAUCAGUUCUGGGUGCUCUCCCUCAGGAAAAAUAGUUGGGCUGGAAAGGGUUGCACUAAGGCAGUGGUUCUCAACCUUCUUUUAAUAUACCAUGGACCAAUAUAAUUAUGCAAGGGUUCUGUGGACCCCAGGUUGGGAACCCCUGCGCUGAGGAUUGGUUAAGUAAUACCAAAGUCAAUGGCUUUAAGGUUUGGACAGAUUACAUCAGCAAUGGUUGUUGCUCUGAAUAUUGCAGAUGAUUAAGGACUGAUUAAUUGAGAUUUGUACAGUAAGGCCCAACCUCUUGUCUGUGGUGGAUAGUCUCCAGAAUUUGGAUACAGCCUUGACAUCAGAUCCAGGAUAUUAAGUAUAAUGUCAGAAAUCUCUUCCUCACACACGGGUGGAAACCUGGAAUGCGCCCACCCAGAAAACUGAAACUGAGCAUCAGUUGAAAUCGAGGGUAGGGGAUUUGAAGGGUAUUGAGGGACUGUCAUCGGACCAAGAUGUAUAGAUGGAACUGAGAUGCAGAUCAACCAUAAAUCUAAUUGAAUGGCAGAACAGGUGUGAGAGGCUAAGUGGCCUCUUCCUGUUCAUUGCACACAGGAUUGCUCCAAAAGACACUUGUGUCAGACCAGUUUCCUUCCUUCCUCCUGAAGGUGUGAGUGUGGGAGGGAUUUACCUUGUACAUUGAAUCUUCUGUUGAUCAACUUGUAAGUAUUGGGAAUCAUUUUCUAUCAGCAUCAGCCCUCCCGCCAUUAAGUGAUCUAUAGGCGUUUUACACUUCACUACAUUAGAUUCUGGUCCCAGUACACUUUAGCUUUCUGCGAUCCUUACAACAAAGUAAAGACAGUGAUGGCUGAGCAACUCGGCCACAGCACUGUGAAAUCCUCGGCUUGGGCAGGCAGUCUGACCUCUUGAGUUUUCAUGUGUAGCCCGUCAUGGGCACCCAUUAAUAUGUUGACCAAAGCACCUCAGUUUGUACACUGUUAAAUGGAUUGACCUUGUAAGGCCGACCAUAUGAGGCUGUGUUGUCACUGGACUGUGGUUAGUUGGUACCCAAACGGUACAAGAUCUUUCCCUCCCCUACUAAGUUCUGGGUGCUAGGUCCUGUCUUCUGGUGCAGGGGGAGCUUUGCACUGUUCACUGUGGUGCAUACAGUAUCUGAAAGUUGCACACUGGCUAUGGGGCACUGACCAGUGUCCCAGUGACAGCACUGCCAGUAACACCAUUGAAAUCAAUGGCUAAAGAGCCUUUUGUUUCCCAAUUUUGGGGGGUGUGGAGGAAGGUGGAGCAGAGUCUGAGAGAUACUCGGACCCACUGUCCAAAGAACAAACCCAACAGAGUGUGGCCGGUUCACUUGGAUGAUGUUGGUGUUUUAAGGGGUGGGGUGGGGGAAGAGAACAGAACUUCCAGUAGCGUGUUAGUGGAUAUAUUGUAAAUCCUGCUGUGCCUGUCUUCUCUGCCACGCAUGUAAAACCACGUGUCCAAAGUAAUACCACGCAGCCUCAGUCACUGGACCUGUUGUCCACCCGGCAAGUCCGAUUGAUUCACGCAGCCAAUUCUGUUUCCUGGUGGCCAAAGCUGGCUUGUGAUUGGACACUGCUUUGAUCUGACUUUCUCCAACUCCAGCCCCCUCAUUGGCUGCUUGUGGAAAAAGCAGUCCCCUUGACAUUUCCUGAUUGGCUGGAGGACACGCACUCUGCUGAAUCAUCUCUUGUGUGAUAAUGUGCUGUGCCCCUAUUUAAACAAAUUGCUAAUAUAUAUAUACAGAAUUUUGUCUUAUAUUGUGUACUCUUGUAAAUAUUCAUAUUUAAAAAUGUUUUUAUAAUAUAUUCAGCAAUGCCUGA